AUGCCUCCGACCUCCGGGUUAGGCUCAAAGACUCCCGCCUCUGAGCGAUGCUCCCCGCCUCCAAGCGAUGCUCCCUCCAGGGAAUGCUUCCCACCUCUGAGCGGUCCUCCCUCCGAGGAAUGCUUCACGCCUUCCGCCUCUGGGCAAGGGUCGAGCAUCGCUCCGAGGGCUAGAGACGAAGUGUCUCCCAUCAGGAAGAAGGCGGAGCGCCUCUCAUAG